UCCGUAUCUUCCGCCCUAGGUGGCUUCGCCUCAGCCUGCGCUACGCCCUCCCGGCCUGCGGCGUCGCGGUACCGGCCUCCGCGCUCCACCCAGACGCCCUCCGGCGCUCGGGAGGGGGCGGGAGGCGGAGCAGUGGGGUGGGGGGGGGGGGUGUUGCCGCGGUCUAGGCGCGGUAGGCGGUGGCGGCGGCGUCGGAGGUCCCUGAGAUAUGGCCGCCUCGGUGUUCUGCUGCCUGCGGUGCUGCAGAGAUGGCGGGACGGGCCACAUCCCUCUGAAGGAGAUGCCGGCCGUGCAGCUGGACACGCAGCACAUGGGAACGGAUGUUGUCAUUGUAAAAAAUGGAAGAAGAAUAUGUGGAACAGGAGGUUGUUUAGCCAGUGCACCUUUACAUCAAAACAAAAGCUACUUUGAAUUCAAAAUCCAGUCCACAGGAAUCUGGGGUAUUGGUGUUGCAACUCAGAAAGUUAACUUGAAUCAGAUCCCUCUUGGCCGAGAUGUGCAUAGUCUGGUGAUGAGAAAUGAUGGAGCCCUAUAUCACAACAACGAAGAGAAAAAUAGGCUGCCAGCAAACAGCCUUCCACAGGAGGGAGAUGUGGUGGGUAUUACAUAUGACCAUGUAGAAUUAAAUGUAUAUUUGAAUGGAAAAAACAUGCAUUGUCCAGCAUCAGGUAUACGAGGGACAGUGUAUCCAGUUGUUUAUGUUGAUGACAGUGCAAUUUUGGAUUGCCAGUUCAGUGAAUUUUAUCAUACUCCUCCACCUGGUUUUGAAAAGAUAUUAUUUGAACAGCAGAUCUUCUGAAUGUAUUUGUUUUUGAAACUUGUAUUUCUGCACUGUUAAAAGUGUUUACCAUUUAAUAAAGCUUUACCUGACCUACAGAUGACAAUAUAUCCUUAAAAAUAUGCUCGUUAAUGUUGUCUAAGGAACCAACGUAUACAAUAUACCAUCCUGAAGUUGUGAUUUAAAAUACUUAGGUUUUGUGAUAAUGAAAUCAGCAUUUGGGGCAGUUUAUUUAAUUCUUAUUUAAAUAAAUAUGACUGUGGGUUUGAUUAACAGUAUUAAAUGGAAAUACGUAUAUAGAUAUUUAAAAGGGAAUCUUAACAUAAAAUAUUUGUUUUGAUAGAGAUACAGAGUUGGGUGGAGGUUUUUGUCAUUCUGAAGUGUAGACCUCAUUAACUAUUUUAAGUCUGCAGUCCAAUAAUUUUGUGUCUCAGUGUCUUUUUUAUAUAGAGUAUAACAAAGUGACAAGUUUAUGUUAUUGGCAACUUCAUUUUUGGCGAUUUAUUUACUAUAAAAUGUACCACUUUUCUUAAAAUUUAAAUUGCUUAUUUUGUUUGUAUGUCAUUGCUUUUGAUUUUCUUUGUGAAAGGAGAUUAGUGUAGUAGCUGUCAGAGUAUUUUGUUGAAGACCAUCAUGCUGUGUUACUUCAAUACCUGAGUAAGUAUUGGUUGAUUGGUGAUGUAGCGUACACAGCAGACAUUUAGAAUAGUAUCAUGCUUUCAACUUAAGUGGAAAUGAGAUUAUUCUUUUAAGGACUUUUAUUUAAAUGUGCAUUUUUCUGUAAGGAAUAAUAAAAUAUUAGUAAUUAAGGACUAUUCAGUAGUAUAUUAAAUACAUGUUCUUCCUGUUUUGU